UUGAAAGCGUUUGCAGUCUGGGAGGAAGGGGCUGUAUUGUGUAGAGUGGGCCCAGGAGGACGGGGAGGAAAGCUGGGAAGGGGGGGGGGGCAGGGAGCCGAUAUCUGUCUCAUUUCCAGCUGAGCCUUGGGUUUCUGCACACAGUCGUGGCAAUCAUAUUAUGGAGGCAGGAGGAGGAUCAGGUGUUGGGGGCCCUUCAAAGAGACCAGGAAAACAGGCAAGCCGGAGGAGGUGCCGAGAUCAGGAUCCAGGUGUUCGCCUCUCAAAAGCCCUCUCUUACGCCCUGCGCCACGGUGCAGACAAGCUGGGGUUACAUAUGGGGCCUGACGGUUUUGUGGACAUAGCGGAGGUUCUCCGUUUGCCCCAGUUUAAGGCUUGGACCCUGGACGACGUGCAGCGCGUCGUGGAGACAAACGACAAGCAGCGUUUUGCCGUGCGGCCGCACCCUUCCGACGGACACCCCCAGAUCCGCGCCAAUCAGGGCCACUCGCUGAAGGUAUCUGAAUUGGAACUGAUCCCUUUGCUGGACCCUGCCGACUUCCCGGAGACUGUGGCCCACGGCACGUAUCUGCGCCACUGGCCAGCAAUACGGAGUAAGGGCUUGUCCCGGAUGGGGAGAGCCCACAUCCACUUGGCGCCGGGAUUGCCUGGGGACGGGGCUGUCCUGAGCGGAAUGAGGAACAACUGUGAGGUGGCCAUAACCAUUAAUGUAGCCAAAGCUCUGGCAGACGGAAUCGCUUUUUACCGCUCCGCCAACGGCGUCCUCCUCACACCCGGCGAUGCCAGUGGGCUGCUGCCCCCCUGCUACUUCCGGGAAGCCCUGCAGCUCCGGCCCAUUCGAUGCCGGCUUCCUCUUGAGUAACCCAUCACCACACCAAGAUUGUCCUCUUCUACCUCAUCUCCCCCGU